GAAAGGAAAAGAAAAAAAAGAGAAAAGAAAAGAAACGGGAGGGCAGUUUAGCGUUGCCAUCGGAUUCUUUCCCGGAAAAAGCUUUCCAGGAAAAUUAGUGUUGUUUUCAGACUAAGGUGAAGACAGGAUGAUUCUUUUAACGGCAAGGGUCCAAAGGAAAAGAAAAAAUCCAAAGUGGAAGUUAAAUCAUUUUCAUGCUCUCGACUCGAUUCCGGCACGCGAUGAACACGAACCUGCUCCGCGAGUGACACAGUUUCCACCGUACCAUCCGCCUCAUCAUAUGGCAGCGUCCCACUGUCAAUAUUAGGUUUUUGUCGGUGGACUCAUCUUCAUUGCCAGCGGUGAUGAGGUUUCUUCUUGCUUCUUGCUUCUGGCUUCUGGCUUCUGCGGUAAUUUCUUCCCUUCUUUCACGCUCUUUAAGGCUUGAGAAGCGAAGUUGGAGGCGAAUUCCAGUCCAGAGAAGCAGAGCGAGAAUGGCGUGAACACUGUUAGGGCAGCUUCACUUCAUCUGCGCUAAACCAGAGAAUAGAGAGGAACCAUGGACCACAAGGCAUGGCUUUGGAGGAAGAGAUCAUCAGAGAAGACAAUUGUUGCAAAGAAUGCACAGGACAUUGCUUCAAAAGGAAAUGAAGAAGAGAUGACUCCAUCUGAGAAGGAGGUCUAUUUGGAGAGAUUGGCAAAUCUAAAUGAGAAGUUAGAAUCAGUUCUCCGUGAGAGUGAAACCAAAGAUGAACUUCUAGCUAGACAUGCAAAAAUGGUAGAAGAAACCACUGCAGGCUGGGAGAAGGCAGAGGCAGAAGUAGUUUCUUUAAAACAACAACUUGGGAAAGUAUCACAGGAGAAAAUGGCUUCAAAUGAAAGAUUAACUGAGCUAAAUGCUGCAUUGAAAGAAUCCAUGCAGCAACUGAAUGCUGUUAGAGAAAAUCAAGAACAAAGGGUACAUGAUGCUGUUAUGAAGACCUCCAGAGAAUUUGAGAAGGCACAGAAAAAACUAGAGGAAAAGUUAACUGAGAAGAGUAGAAGGCUUGCUAACUUGACUGCUGAGAGCACUCGUCUGAGUAAGGCUCUCCUAAUGAAAGAGAAACUGAUUGAAGAUCUCAGCAAAGACAAGUCUCAGACAGAAGCAGAAUUCAACACCCUUAUGUCCAGACUAGACUCUGUAGAAAAAGAAAAUGCUUUUCUAAAGUAUGAGUUUCGCAUGCUUGAAAAGGAGUUUCAGAUUCGAAAUGAGGAGAUUGAAUUUAAUCGUCAAUCUGCUGAUGUGGCAUACAAGCAACACCUGGAGGGUGUUAAGAAGAUUGCAAAGCUGGAAGCAGAAUGUCAGAGAUUACGAGUUUUAGUGCGGAAGCGAUUACCAGGUCCUGCUGCUCUGGCAAAGAUGAAGAGUGAGGUCGAAAUCCUGGGAAGGAAUCACUCUGAGAUUAGGAGGAGAAAGUUGAAUCCUGUAACGGGAAGUUUGGUUGUGAGCGAUCACACUCUACAAACUUCUGAAAUUCCCAAUAAGAAGAUCAAUUUCUUGAUUGAGCGGUUGUGUGAUAUAGAAGAAGAAAACAAGACUCUGAAAGCAAUUUUGGCAAAGAAAGAUGUUGAGCUCCAUUCUUCGCAAUUAGUGUGCACCCAAACCAGUUCUAAAUUAUCAAUGGUUGAAACUCAGUGUGGAGAACUCGCAAAAGGUCAAAAGUCUAUGGAAUUGGCUAUGUGCAGUCCUAUGUCAAAAGAGCUCUCUCCAACUCCAAGUUUUGGCACCAGCAAUGAUGAAAUUACUCAUUCUGAAUCGUGGGCUUGUGCUUUAAUUUCAGAACUGGAUUAUUUCAGAAAUCAAAAACCCAAGACACCCAACAAACUAAAACCUUUUGGAGUUUCAGACAUGAGCUUAAUGGAUGACUUUGUUGAGAUGGAAAAAUUAGCAACAGCUAGUAUUCAUACCCCAACAGCAGCUUCUUGUGCUUCUUCAGAUGGUAGUAAUGCGUUAGCAAUUUACUCAGAGGAGUCAAGUGGAUAUCAUUUAGAUGCAAGAGGAAAAGAACUAGUGGCAGUGGUGCAACAGUACAAUGACAUUGACUCUGAAAUUCACACAAAUUGUGAUUCAACUAGAAAAAGCUAUAAUUGGCUUGAAAAUGUCCUGAAAUUGAUCUUAGAUCAAAACCGAAUAUCAAAAAGAAGUUUUGAGGAUCUUCUUGAGGAUGUUAGAAUAGCUUUGACUCAUAUGAAACAUUCUUGUGCUACUGAAGGUGACAAGGAACAGGGCUCAAAGGACUGUAAGGCAUCUGACCCUGUCCCUAUUAGUGGCUACAUCACCUGGAAAUCUCCAAAUACAUCUCCAAGGGUUGGUCCAUUAUGUAGAACUCCUUAUACUGACUCCUCAGCAGAAGAAAGCAACCAGCAUGGUCAAUCUAGUCUGAGUAGGUCAAUUCAUAAGACCAUUGAGGUUAUCAGAAGAAUUGAUCCUGCAUGCUCAAAUAUUGGUUAUAUUCCUGAUAAUGUUUCAGAAAGAGAUGGGGUCACCUUACAGUGCAAGCUAUUGACAAAACCAUCAGACUACAUGAUUUGCAUUUUCCAGUGCAAAAGUUCUGAACUAAGCAGCGUUCUACAACAAUUUAUCCAUGUUUGUGAUGAUCUGUUGGAUGGCAAGGCUAAUUUUGAGAACUUUGCUGCUGAAUUGGCAUCUGCAUUAGAUUGGAUUGUAGACAACUGCGUUAUCUCUCAAGAUGUUUCUAGUACGAGGGUUGAAGAUAGCCACUUGUCUGAAGAGCAGUUGACAUGUUUGCUUACUUCUUCAAAUGGCCAAAAUGUUGCAUUUGCAAUGGAGAAGAUCCAGUCUGCUUUGCAAGAAGAAAUCAGGGGACUAAAAGAUGAGUUGAAGAGUAUGGAAUCUUCAAAAAUAGAGUUAGAGGUGAGGCUAAAGUCUUCCAAUGACAAGAACGAGGCUGCAAUGAGUGAACUCCAGGAAGCUGAACAAAAUAUUGGAUACUUUCAGAAAGAACUAAACACAUUGAAAGAAUCCAAAGGACUUACUGAGGAUCAGAUUGAAAAUCAGAAACUUAUCAAUGAAGAUCUUGAUACCCAACUAUCUGUUACUAAAGUUAAACUGAAUGAGGUUCUUCAAAAGUUAUCCUCUCUUGAAGUAGAACUAGAAGAUAAAAAUCGUUGUUGUGAAGAAUUAGAAGGUACAUGCCUUGAGCUUCAACUCCAGCUUGAAAGUGUUGCCAACAGGGAAGUUCCAAGAGACAGCACAGACCAGGAGGGGAAGCUUCUCCAAAGUGGCUGGGAGAUCACAGCUGCUUCUGCAAAACUGGCUGAGUGCCAAGAAACAAUUCUAAAUCUGGGGAAACAGUUGAACGCACUGGCUUGUCCGAGGGAAACAUCUGUAUUUGACAAGGUCAUUACUACCACAAGCACCACCAACAAGAAGAAGAAGUUGAGCCAGCGGUCUUCUCUGCGUGACCGGAUGCUAGCCGAGGAUGAUGCUGAAGCAGAGGACCAGGAGUCCCCAAACACAAAAGAAAUUAUCAGCACCGUCAAAGCAAAGACACCACCAAUUCAUCUCUCUGGCAAUCAAAAUCCUUUGUUUGCGCCUAGUGUCCUCAUUACACGUCCAGAAGCAUACCUCGGUUUGGAACGCGACACUCAUGCAGCAGCAUUCGGGUCUCUGGCAAUUGUAGCAAGCAAGAAACGAGGAAAAGGGUUUGGUUUGCUGAGGAAGCUACUAUCAAGAAGGAAGAGAGGGAGCAGCAAGAAGGCAUCUCGAUUUCUCACCACCUAAGCAUAUGCAGAUAGAAAAUUGAAAACCGGCUGCAUUGGAGGGAACCCGGUUUUCAAUUAUCUCAGUUCUUGCCUUUUGGUCACCCUGCCUUUAGCUUGAAUAAACAGAAAGUUGUAUGCUUUUGCAAGUUCUGCUAUGAAUAUGGAUGGCUGUGCCCGGUGCUGCUGCUGUACAUAGGUACUCUGCUUGUGAACAUGUUUUGUGUUGUCUAUGAGCAAGCAAGAAGAGGAAAUAUGUUUUUUUUGUUUUUUAUGACUUUUGCCAUGGCUUACUUAAAAGCAGUCUCUGUAAUUCAAUCUAAGGCUUCCCAAACUGCUUCAACUUCUGAAA